AAAUUUCCCUCUCUUUAUUGCCAAAUUUAAGUAAAAUAUUUAACUGCGCGUAUGUGAAGUAUCUCCUCUAGUGAUUUUAUUUGGUUUUAAAUUAUACGUCAUAGUGUUCUCUGGAAGUUUGAAGUAUGUCAAUGUUUUGGGACCCGAUACCAGCCUAUGUGCAGAGCGCUCCAUGCCUUUUGAGGGUCAAAUCUGACUUGGUCGCGAUCCACAAUGAUCCUGCACCAGGUAUUCACGUUGUGGCUGACGAGCAGGACAUCACGUUAGUACACUGUCUGCUCGUAGGACCCGACAAGACACCUUACGAGGGUGGCUUCUUCUACUUCAUCGUCAGGUUCCCACCGAACUACCCCAUCGCACCUCCUAAGGUCAAGCUGAUGACCACUGGCGGUUCAAAGGUCAGAUUCAACCCUAACCUCUACAGGGACGGUAAAGUCUGCCUCAGCAUCCUCGGCACAUGGGAAGGUCCUGGGUGGAGUCCAGCCCAGAGUCUGACCAGCGUCCUCAUCUCCAUCCAGAGUCUGUUGAACGAGAAGCCUUAUCACAACGAGCCCGGAUACGAACACGGUCAUUCUGAUGAAGUUGAACAAUACAACCAGCUGAUACAACAUGAGACUCUGAGAGUAGCAGUUGUGGGGAUGUUGGACGACGAUUACUCGAUUAACCUGCCUCAGCCACUUCGACAAGUCAUGGAGAACUACUUUGUCAGUAACUACGAGACUUACACCGCACUGAUCGACAGCAGGAUUCAUCUUAACGGUAAAACAUUGAAUGAUCCCUUUAGGAAAGAGUACCAAAAGCAGGCUGAUUACGAUAGAAUUAAAAAACGGCUUCAAUCUAUUCAUAGCAAGCUGGAGAGUAAGUACGCUGACAAGAAGAUGGAUUGUGAUCUUGACUCAAGUUUUACAUGUUCUUCAGAAUCCGUUAUGUGGUCAGGCAAUUAGAAAAUAGGGUGUUUUGUAUCAAGCAAAUGUUUCUUAAUAUGUAAAAUGUCUUAACAUAGUCUAUUAGGGUGAUUAAAUUAUUGUUACGUA